AUGGCCGGACUCCCGUUUCACUGGCAGGCGCUGGUUGAGAAUGGAACCGUCUUCUACCAAAUGAUACUUCCUCCUGGCGUGAUCAUCUUCGUGACGGUGCUGCUACGCUACCUGAUUCCACGCAUUUUCCCAGAUUGGCAUGGUGGCAGUGCCGAAGGAGAAGAAGGCGUUGACGACAAUCGGGUCUCCAUCUACGUCGACUUGGCCCCGGACACCUCGGAGACGUCGGACUACGCCGCCAGAUGGAAGGCCGGAUUUUUCAAGAGGGGCUUCAAGAAGGCGCUGCUGAAGAAGGGCGUCGACCCGAAAUUGGUCAACAUCACGCUCGAGCAGGUCGACGAUGGUGAUGUGAUGUCUGUGACGGAGGGAUCGGAUCCAGGCGUCGAGUCUGAAAAACCAAAAAUCACGCGCCUGAAGCUGAUGCUGCCGGACGACGCGGUCCCGUUGGUGCAAAAGAUGCAGGAGAAGCUGACCGUCGAGUGCGACAAGCUGCGCGCCAGCGCCGUCAAGCUCGACCACAUGCUCACCAUCGAGGGUACCGCAGGAGCCGACAUCCCGCGCGCCGAGCGCACCGCCCGACUGCUGAAGCUCGAGACGCUGUGGCACAAGACGCUGCGCAGCGCCCGCAUCGAACUGCUCGACAAGUCCGUCUUUUGCGCCUCCGAGGAGUUUGAGAAAACGAUGCCCGCCGACGCGAUCAUUGGCCGAAUUCUCUACAUGGUGCCCAAAAGCGCUGCCAAGAAAGCGAUGUCGGUGAUCUGGAAGGCGUUGACAUGUCCCACUCCCGAGACCGAAGAGACCGUGGCUGGCUUGACACUCUUGAUGCGAGGAAGGCCCGGAAAGAAGCAGAAGGAGAAGUCGAAGACGGAUGGGGAGAAGCCGAAGCAGCAGCCCCUCGCCCAGGAAUUGUGGCAAGAAUGGCCCGGAAAACGAAGAGUCCGGAAGCCGCAAAAUCAUUUACUCUUCCCUGCUACCCGCUCGAUGGCUGACGUGGCGUUCGACUGGCGAGCGCUGGCCGAUGAUGGUGCCAUCUUCUAUUACCUCUUGAUUCCUGCUCUCAUCGCCGUAACGACGAUGCUGUUCCGCUACAUCUGGGGUAAGAAGACGGAAAGGAGUCUGCGUGACCUGUCGAAACCUGAACUGAAAAAACACGAAAUUGAAGCAGAGGCACUUGCCGCAGACAAAGGCAACGAGCUGAAGGAGCGCGAGAAGGAGCUGCUCGAGCAGGACGCGGGCGAGAAGGAGAAGCGUGAGACGGAGAGGCACGAGACCGAGAGAUGCGAGAAGGAGAGGCGCGAGGAGGAGAGACGCGAGAAGGAGAGGAGCGAGCAGGAGAAGCGUGAGCCGCAGAAGCGCGAGCAGGAAGCCCGCGAGAAGGAGAGGCGCGACGAGGAGGAGAGGCGCGAGCAGGAGGCCCGUGAGAAGGAGAGACUCGAGAAGCAGGAGCGCGAGAAGGAGAGGCGUGAGAAGGAGGCCUGCGAGAAGGAGAGGCGCCAGGCGGAGGAGAGGCGCGAGCAGGAGAAGCGCGAGCAGCACAAGCGCGAGCAGGAGAAGCGUGAGCAGGAGGCCCGUGAGAAGGAGAGACUCGAGCGGGAGCAGCGCGAGCAGGAGGUGCGCGAGAACGAGAGGCGCGAGAAGCAGCUGCUCGAACAUGAGGCGCGUGAGAAGGAGAGGCGCGAGCAGGUGGAGCGCAAGCAGCAGGCGCGCGAGCAGGAGAGGCUCGUGCAAGAGGCGCGCGAGACCGAGAAGCGCGAGGCGGAGAGGAGCGAGCAGGAGGUCCAGGCCGACGGGAUGACCCCCGAGUUGUGUACGGUGUUGGCGGUGUGCGCGGCCCUCGACGACAAGUUGUUCGCCGGCGUGCCGGGCCACUGGGAGCGCAAGCUGAGCCUGGCCAUCCGCGCCUGGAAGAAGUCCGUCAAGGGCAGCGCGCCGACCGAACAAAACCUCAAGAUCACCCUGGCGCUCAUAAGUGACGCCCACGCCAUGAAGUUUAUCCACCACAUAUACACGGUGCUCACCGGCCGCCUGUCGACCUCGCUGUUCGACGACACCUUGGAGAAGAGCCUCGACGACGAGCUGCACGACGGCAUCGAGCAGUGGCAGCGCUUCAUUGGACUACAUCCGAUGCGCCCCGACGCGAUGCUAGAAAAAGUCCAGGAGAUCGCGAAAAAGGCCCAUGACAGGGCGCUACCAGUCCUGCUGGAGGCGUUGCAGAAGCUGCAGAAGCCGGACGACGAUGAGGAUGUCGACGGCCCGGUGAAGGUGGAGGUGUGGAUCCCGCCCCUUGGCCCGUCUCCCCGUCCCACCAACCACUGCCGCAACGCCGACACAAUUUACGAGACGGUGUGCGUGUAUUUUGACAGCCACGGCAUGGCCGACGGCGAGGCCGCCAAGAUCAUGGAGACGCUCAAGAGUCAAUUCGAGACGCAGCUGGACAUGAUGGGCCACAAGAAAAACGAUGUGGCUGAUAUUGCGGUCCACACGUUCCGCGACGACACGACUGCCGGGGACCCGCAGCUCCGCGGCGUCAUCGUGUUCUUGACGAACUUGGCCGUCCUCGAGAGUUUGGAGGACGUGCGCCUGGGCGCCGGCUUCUUCCACGUGCAAAAGACCGACGACCCGCGCGACGUGAAGGUGGUCGACAAGUUGUGUGCCGAGAUUGGCGACGGCAUGGAGGGCGAGGUCAGCGAGUUUUUAUGUAGCUUU